GAUUCAUAUUUUAGAUGCGCUAAUGUUUAUCCGCUAGAUUUUAUUGAUUGAAUGUAACAAAUUUCUUCCGGUUCUUUGCUAUUUUACUGCACCAUGGUAUUUUUAUGCUGCAUUCCCAUAUGCAAAAAUGCGAAAUCUGGUGCCGAUCAAAGCGUAGGAUUUCAUCCCUUUCCACUAAUUACGGAACAGCGCGAAAAAUGGAUAGAAUUUGUGGGUGCAGAUGCAACCAAAUUUCGCUGGCGAGGGAAAUUUAUUUGUUCCGAGCAUUUUUUACAUUCGGAAUUAAUGGAGGAGAAUGAUCAGAAGAAACUAUUAGAUGGAGCGGUUCCCAUGAUAUUCAGUCAAGAAGAGUGUGAAGAAGAUGAUUUUUUUGAUCGGGACGAUUUUAUGAUUUCGAAGGAAGUUGUUACUGUAACUACUUCAAGUAAUACGGCUCAUAUUGAGUGUCGAGAAAUGCGAAAACUUUUCUGCAGGCUUUGCUUAACAAAACAAUCUAAUUUACUCCCCUUUACUUCGAAACUGCACAAUGUUACACUGACCGACAUAAUAUAUACCAUAGCUGGAGUCAAAAUUGAAACGAAUCCACUAAUGCCUACACAAAUUUGUACCGGUUGUGUCUCGAAGCUUGACUUGGCUUUCAAUGUUCGUAUUGAAGUAAUACACAACAAUAAAAGGGUAACAAACUUAUUCAAAAAUCAGCAACUGCAAUAUCAUUACAAAUUUUUUGACAAACAUCAAUUUAAUACAAAAAGCGUAAAUCAUGAUUACCUAGCCGAUCUACUAGAAGCAGUUAAGCAGCAAAAGGAAGCUCCAGGAAUUGUAAAAACGAUUGGAAACAAUGCCCCAUCAAUGAGUAACCUGGUCGUAACUUAUGAAGAUCCUGUUAAACAAGAGUGUGUGUCCUCAUCACAGACGAAAAAAAGCGAGGAUGUUUUUGAGGAUAAUAUUGAGGAAGAACAUCUAUUUGAAGAGGAAGAUUUUACAGAUAAUAUAGGUGAACUGCAAAACUCGAUUAUUGAGCAAAAAAUUGUCUCUCAGGGACAACUACAAAACGAACCAUUCGUCGAGCACCAAAAUUCCGCUAAUCGAUUAAAACAGGAAGCAUACAGUGAUUCGGACGACGAAUCAGAUUCUGGCAAGCCGAAAUUUGUCUUCUCUUGGAAAGAGUUGUAUACGCCGAAAGAAGAACCUAAACCAAAGCGUAGUUUUGAUCCAAAACCAAAGCCAAAUCUGAUUCCGUUCACCUGUUACACCUGUAAGAUUUCAAUGAAAGAUGCUAACGAGCUAGAGAUUCACCUGGAGAAACACGUUGAUUUAUUGCCUUUUACUUGCAAAGAAUGUGCAACAGCAGAGCAUUCGAUGGUAUUUAAAUCAUUGUAUGCUUUAAACAAGCACUUAGAAUCCCAUCUCUACCCAUAUAAGUGUGAGCACUGUCCAUGUAGAUUUCUGAAUGGUCACUCCUAUCUCAAACACCUGUCGAAUCAUCACGAAUCGCACAACGAUGGUUUUACUUGUGAUUAUUGUGGACAAUACUUUACCAAGAAACCUCCAUUUCAGAGACAUAUAGCGAAGCAUCGAGCAAUGGAAGAGGGUAAAUUUACUUGUGAAUAUUGCGGCAGAGCGUUUAACUGCAAUCCUUUGCUUAGACGACAUCGACGCAUUCAUACCGGGGAAAAACCGUACGAGUGUCGAAAAUGUGGCAAGCGUUUUAACCAUGCAGCUAACUUCCAAAAUCACAAACGGAUACAUACCGGCGAACGGGCUUACCGAUGCACCGAGUGCGACAAAGCGUUUAUGUGUAGUACAACGCUGCGGUACCAUAUGGCAUCUCAUUAUCCCGAUGAUCCGAAAUAUCGCAUUCAAGCGUCUGUACAGCGACCACGUUAUUCGGUUACUGUUACUGAUAAUAAUGGUAUCAAGGAGUACAAGUGUGACGUGCCCGAUUGUGAUUUCUCUACCCGGUUGUACCGAGCUCACUUUUACCAUCGAAGCAUGCAUCGGAAGCGUUUCGAGUGUGAAAUUUGCCACAAACGAUUCCCACUUCGGGCCAACCUGAAAAAGCAUGUUGCGGUUGCGCACGAAGGCAAACAAGAACCAAAAGACAAACCCUGUCCAUACUGUCCUAAGAAGUUCAGUUGUCGUCAGAAGCUAAGCAUUCACAUUGACGUACAUGAAAAUAAUCGAAGGCAUAAGUGCCGCUUUUGUGAGAAAAGUUUCGUGCAGAAGGUUAACUGUACUGCUCACGAAAAAAUUCACACUGGUGAGCGACCACAUAAAUGCCGGUUUUGCGAUGCAGCAUUUAUUUCAUCAUCUGGGAAGAAAAAGCACGAAAAAACCCAUCAAGAAUACCAACAAAUAAAGCAGGAAACUGAGGAUAUACCGGAAAACACAAUUGCCGAGGAGGUUAAUUUUGACACCGACAAAGAAACGGGAUACUACGUCGAAGUUGAGCAAGAUGACGGAGUAGAAGAUCUAGUAGAAUAUGCUCCAGUCAUUCAGCAAGGAAGAUUUACCCACAUUAGGAAAACCAACACAUCCGAUAGUAAGGACUCCAUUUUUGAACUUUCUAAAUAUUUGAUUGGGGUGACUCCCGGAGGAAGCAUUUCGUACGUCAGAUCCGGCUAUGGAGGUAAGUCAUCGGACAAGCAGAUUGUUAUCGAAGAAGGAGUGUCGGAUCGUUUAGCACCCGGUCAGGCUGUAACAACUGACAAAGGUUUUAUGAUCGACGACGAAUGCAAGCGACGAUACGUUAAGCUGUUAUGUUCUGUUUGGUACACUAGUCGAAGAGCAUUUUGCAAGGAAACGUAUACGAUGGCUGCCAAAAUUUGUCGCCUUUGUUUAAGACAAUCAACGGAAGUGGUUCCUUUAUUCCAAGCUUGCAUUGGCGACAAACUACUCAUUGAAAUGAUUUGGAGUACAUUCAGGAUAGAGAUAGAUAAAAAAGUAAUCUUCCCGAAAGUAGUGUGUAAUACAUGUAUUAAGAAAGUGGAGUUUAUGCAUAGCUUUAAGCAAGAAUUAACUAAUUGUCAAUCACUAUUAUUGAACUGGAAAAGCAAUAAAACGAUUACGAAGCGACGGCUGGCUUUGGCUGAUUUACCAUCCUACUACAGUGACGGUAUUCUCGAAUUGCAAGAACAAGACGACGAAAUAACUCAACAAAACACAGAUGAGUGUAUGUUCGAAGUAGAACGUUUGGAACCAGAAAUGGACAUCGAGAAAAUCGAGAACGAGGAGAUUCUAAGGGAACAUGUUAUAGAGGAACAAUUAAUUGGUAUCAAGAUUGAAGCACUUCAAACUAAUAAUCAGUUUAUAGAACACAGAAUGGGGGAUGAUGAAAGUAGUGUGGUGCAGCAGCCGGAUCAAUAUAGCGAUUGCGAGGAAGAAUUCAAAGGGUUUGAGGAGCCAGUGCCAGUAAAGUUGGAAGUUGUCAAACGUUCAGAUUCAGACUACAGGCAACGAAAAUCAAAACAAGCAAUCCCUAAACUGAAAAUCAUUGAAACCAUUGCGAAUAAAUGCUAUAUAUGUGGAACAGUUUAUGAGAGCAAACUUCUAUUUGACAUUCAUUUGGUAAGUCAUAAACUGAUGCUUCCGUACAAGUGCGAUAAAUGUAGCACCGAUAGCUUUACGCUAGAAAUCAAAACUCUAGUUCUACUCAACAAACACUUCGAAUCACAUGGUUUUAAUUAUACAUGCUCAUAUUGCCCAUUACGAUUUAGAUCAUACCCACCACUUUAUGAUCAUACCAGAAAUGCUCACACCCAAAACAGCGAAGGGUUUACCUGUGACAUUUGCGGGCAAAAAUUUUUAGAAGUUAGAAAAUUUCGUAAACAUGCUCGUGCUCAUAGAAAUUGCGCGACACAGAGAUAUAAAUGUAAAAACUGUUUCAAAAACUUCCAGACAGGUACCAUUUUACGACGUCACGAGCGCAUUCAUGCGGAAGAAAAACCUUUCAAGUGUCCGUUUUGUAACAGAGGAUUUAAUCACGAAACUAACUACAACCAACAUAAGAUGCGUCACAUACAACAGCAAUCUGACGAUUUGAGUAAUUACGCAUGUGAAUUAUGUGAGAAUCAUUACACCAACGCGAUCGAUUUUCGUGUGCAUAUGGCCGAACAUUAUCCGGAUAACCCGUUAUAUACUGUAAAGACGGAUAUUUUACCGAAACAUUUAAAAGAUUCAUCAAGCUACCCAAGGCCUUGCGAGGAACCAAAUUGCCAGUACGUUGCUUUAUCAUACCAGCUAAUGUGGUCACAUUAUCGCAAUCACUACAAAUUGUACAAAUGUCAAGAAUGCGAUAGGAUGUUCGCCACUGCCACUAUUCUCCGUCGGCACAUCGAUGUGGUUCAUCAGAAAGUACGCAAAUAUCAGUGCGAGUUCUGCCAAAAAGCGUUUGCCUAUCAGCAUAAGUAUAAAGAACACGUCAACAUGCAUAAAGGAAUUAAAACGCGUCAAUGCCGUUAUUGUGCUAAAUGCUUCACCCAUUCUUCGAAUCUUAUGAUACACGAAAGAAUACACACAAAAAUUAGACCGUAUGAAUGCACGACGUGCGGUUCGAGCUAUGUAUCAAGCUCAGCUUUGAAAAAGCACCAAAAAACGCAUCAGCCAAAGCCGUCUAAACGGAUUGACAGAAAUUCAAAAGCCAGAAUUAAAAAGGAAGAGGUCAUUGUACCAGAUUUAAUCUAUGUAAUAGAGAAAGCAGAAGCAGAAGAUGAAAAAUGUAGUUCAUCUGGCUUCGAAGAAGUGGUCGAAAAAAUUGAAGCCAAUGAGAUUUUGGAAGUACAGUAACCACAAGUACAUUAAGCAUUUGAACAUUCACAUACAAUAAAAUUAGCGUUUGUGAAGAAAAACAAAUUUUAAG